AUGGCAGGCAAUCCACGAGAUAAAUAUUGCAUCGUCGGGGUGGGCGAAACGGAAUACAGCCGGGCCUCGGGCCGCACCACCCGGGCCCUGGGUGCUGAGGCGAUCCGCAACGCCAUGAACGAUGCCGGACUGACGCCCGACCAGGUGGACGGGAUGCUCAGCUACCACGGCGGCGAUUCGACGCCUUCGACAUCCAUCCAGUACGACCUGGGCAUCCGGCCGAAUUUCUACAUGGACUGCUCGGGCGGAGGCUCGUCCACCGAGGCGCUGGUGGGUCUGGCCAUCGGUGCGAUUGAGGCAGGCAUGUGCGACGUGGUUGCCAUCUUCCGUUCGAUGAACGGCUAUUCCAAUAUUCGCAUCGGUGGCACCGGCGCCCGGGCUUCGGCUCCCAUCGGAGGCUCAGACCUGAUGAAACGGCCCUACGGCCUGAUCAGCGCGGUGCAGCAGUUCGCGUACACGCGCCGCGGAGCAGGGAGAACGACAAUGCCAAACUAUAACUACCGGGGCAUCACGCUGAGCAUCCCGGAGAACGAUUCCGAAUACAAGGGCUACUUCGAGGCGGCGGGGGAAGGUCGCUUGGUGGUGAAGAAGUGCGUCGAAUGCGGGCUGCUGCGCGGUGAGCCGGGGCCGGGUUGCCCGUGGUGUACGUCUUUGAAGUGGGAGUGGCAGCAGGUGUCGGGCAAGGGCACGAUCUAUUCCUACCAGGUGGUGGCCCACACGGUGAUCCCCAGCUUUCGGGACCUGACGCCCUUUGCAAUCGUGCUGGUGGAACUGGACGAGCAGCGGGGUCAGCCAACCGAGUUCGAUGGCCUGCGCAUUACGGGAAAUCUGGUGGACGCCGACUUCAACAUGGAGAAAGAGGAGAAAGUCGGUAUCGGCAAGCGCGUGGAAGUGGCGUUCCUGCCCGUGGAAGAUGGGUUCAUGCUGCCGCAGUGGCGGUUGAUUGACGAGCCGGAACAGGGAUUCACCUGGUCGCACGAGGCGCCGGAAGGCUGA